GUCCUUGGACCCAUCUUUAUCAGAACAAGAUGAAGAAGUUUCUGUUGUUGCUUCUCUUCUGUCACGUCUCAUCUCCAGUGAAAUACUCACUAAAGUUUUUCUUCACGGCAUCUUCUGGACUCCCAGACUUCCCAGAGUUUGUGGCUUCUGGACUGGUGGAGGAACUUCAGUGUAUUUACUGCGACAGCAACAAAAAAAUACCAGAACCGAAACAGAACUGGAUGAAAAAUGUAUUUAAAGACAAUCCUCAGCAAUUGGAGAGGUACACUAGACAAUGUGUUGAUUAUCUGCCUAACAACUUCAAUAUCUGGUUGGAUAACUUUAAGCAACGCUUCAACCAAACUGGAGGUGUCCAUAUUCUUCAGCAGAUGGUUAGCUGUGAGUGGGACGAUGAGACUGGAGAGGUCAAUGGUUUUAAUCAGUUUGGUUAUGAUGGAGAAGACUUCAUAUCAUAUGACCUGAAGACAUCAACAUGGAUCGCUGCAAAACCACAGGCUGUCAUCACCAAACUGAGUUGGGAUGGUGACAUAUCUAGAAUAAAAUACAUUGAGAUUCUCCUUACUGAGAUGUUUCUUGAAUGGCUGAAGAUGUAUGUGGACUAUGGGAAGAGCUCUCUGCUGAGAAAAGAGCUUCCCUCAGUGUCUCUCCUCCAGAAGUCUCCGUCCUCUCCAGUCAGCUGCCACGCUACAGGUUUCUACCCUGACAGAACAGAGACACUUCCUCCUUUCCAAAAAGCAGAAAAGACAAAACAAAGACAGAAGCUCGGUCCUUGGACCCGUCUUUAUCAGAACAAGAUGAAGAAGUUUCUGUUGUUGCUUCUCUUCUGUCACGUCUCAUCUCCAGUGAAAUACUCACUCAAGUUUUUCAUAACGGCAUCUUCUGGAAUCCCAAACUUCCCAGAGUUUGUGGGUACUGGACUGGUGAAUGAACUUCAGUGUACUUACUGCGACAACAAAAAAAAUAUACUAGAAUCAAAACAGGACUGGAUGAAAGAUUUAUUUAAAGACAAUCCUCAGCAAUUGGAGUUUCAUACUAGUCAUUGUUUUGAUUUUGUACCUAACAGCUUCACACUGUGGAUGCGUAAGUUUAGGCAACGCUUCAACCAAACUGGAGGUGUCCACAUUCUCCAGUUUAUGAGUGGUUGUGAGUGGGAUGAUGAGACUGGAGAGGUCAAUGGUUUUAUGCAGUUUGGUUAUGAUGGAGAAGACUUCCUAGCAUUCGACCUGAAGACAUUGACAUGGAUCGCUGCAAAACCACAGGCUGUCAUCACCAAACUGAGUUGGGAGGCUGACAAAUCUAGAAUCAAACACACUGAGAUUCUCCUUACUGAGAUGUUUCUUGAAUGUCUGAAGAUGUAUGUGGACUAUGGGAAGAGCUCUCUGCUGAGAAAAGAGCUUCCCUCAGUGUCUCUUCUCCAGAAGUCUCCGUCCUCUCCAGUCAGCUGCCACGCUACAGGUUUCUACCCUGACAGACCCAUGAUGUUCUGGAGGAAAGAUGGAGAGGAGCUUCAUGAGGACGUGGACCUCGGAGAGAUCCUCCCCAACCACGAU